UGAUCUCUCUCUAUACACAUAAAUAUGUACGACACUUAAAUACAUCUUCACAUAUUCUUUUUUCCUUCAAGUACCAACCAUCUCUCUCUCUCUUAAAGCAUGAACAAGCUUCAGCCAUACGCAUACAAAACCCUAACCCUUCUCCUAUACCUCCAUCUUCUCUUCCCACCCAUCUCAGUCCAUGCAAAGUGCACAUGUGAAGCUGAAUACAAGGACCAAAACAAACAAGAGGCACUCAAAUACAAACUAGUUUCCAUAGCUUCAAUUCUAGUUGCCAGUGCACUUGGAGUUUCCAUGCCUUUGCUGCUAAAAAAUGUCUCAGCAUUGAAACCUCACAGUGCACUUCACUUCCUCAUCAAGGCCUUUGCUGCCGGUGUGAUCUUAGCCACCGGUUUCAUUCACAUCCUUCCCGAUGCCUUCAACAGCCUAACGAGUCCGUGCCUCAGUGAAAAUCCAUGGCAGGGCUUUCCAUUUGCAGGGUUUAUUGCUAUGAUGUCGGCAAUUGGGACUUUGAUGAUGGAAGCUUUUGCCACUGGGUAUCAUAAGAGGGCGGAGCUGAGAAAGGCUCAGCCUGUGAAUGGCGAUGAGGAGAGCGAUGGAGGAGGUGGCCCUGGCCAUGUUCAUGGGCCCGCUGCCAUCAUGUUGCAGCGAUCAGAUUCGUCAGAUCUUUUUCGGAAUCGAGUCAUAUCUCAGGUUUUGGAGUUGGGAAUUGUAGUUCAUUCAGUGGUUAUUGGGAUAUCCAUGGGGGCUAAUCAAAGUCCAAAAACAAUCAAACCCCUCAUUGCAGCUUUGAGUUUCCAUCAAUUCUUUGAGGGCAUGGGACUUGGUGGAUGUAUUUCUCAGGCAAAAUACAAGUCUCGAGCUAUCACAAUUAUGGUACUUUUCUUCUCUCUCACCACUCCAGCGGGGAUUGCCAUUGGCAUCGGAAUAUCAAACAUUUAUAAUGAGUAUAGCCCAACUUCACUCAUUGUGGAAGGGGUUCUAAAUUCGGCAUCGGCCGGGAUCUUGAUCUACAUGGCUCUUGUUGAUCUUCUUGCAGCUGAUUUCAUGAACCCUAAUUUGCAAACCAAUGUUAGGCUCCAACUAGGAUCCAAUCUUGCACUUCUUUUGGGUGCUUCUUGUAUGUCACUAAUGGCCGAAUGGGGAGGGGCAUAGCUUUAUUUUUUUUGGGGCCUUAGUUGCAAUGUAACCUAACAAUUCUCAUUUCAAGGCCUUGAUGCUAAGUUCUUACUUAGCCCAUACGGACUAUAUAUAUAUCAUUUAACCUAUAACAUAGCUCCCAAUUUUUGGCCCA